AUGGAGAGACCUAUCCCUGCGAAACCUGAGGCGUCAAACGGUCCUUUUGUCGCGAAGAAGCAUCCGAAUCUGAAGGCGUUCUCCCUACAGCAAGGACGUGGCUGUCGAAUCUUUGCAGGCCGCCGCAAUGCUCAUUUCCAACCAACUGCCACCUCUCGUACUGCUCCUCGGACUCGCCGUUCCUGA